CCUGUGGGCGGGGGUGACGGUCGGGAGCGCGCCCGCGUUGCCAUGCACGCCUGUGGGCGGGGGUGACGGUCGGGAGCGCGCCCGCCGAUGGCGACUGCUGAACCGUACCCCCGCGGAGGAGAGCGGCAGCUCGGGCCCGGUGCCGGUUAACCGGCCGCUUCUGGUCUCGGAGGCCGCCGGGCCUGUCAGCGGCCGGGCCGAGCGUUGAGGGCUGCCGGCGGACGCAGCGGCCGGUUCCGCUGCCGGUGCCGCGCAAACAGCGACAUGAGGAUCUGGAGCUCGGAGCACUUGUUCAGUCAUCCAUGGGAGACGGUCAUCAAAGCUGCAAUGCGAAAAUAUCCUAACCCCAUGAACCCUAAUGUAGUUGGAGUGGAUGUACUGGAGAGAAACCUCGAUACUCGAGGGAGAUUGCAUAGCCAACGUCUGCUUUGUACAGAAUGGGGAAUCCCCAGCAUUGUUAUGACUAUUCUGGGUACAAACAGGACCACAACAUAUAUUAAAGAACAUUCUGUUGUUGAUCCAGUUGAACGAACUAUGGAACUUUGUUCUUCUAAUAUAACUCUUAGUAAUUUGGUGUCAGUGGAUGAAAGAUUGAUCUAUCGACCUCAUCCUGAGAAUCCAGAAAAGACUAUUUUGACCCAAGAAGCUAUUAUUACUGUGAAAGGAGUUAUCCUAAGUAGCUAUUUGGAAGGAUUAAUGGCCAACACAAUUUCUGCUAAUGCAGGAAAGGGGUGGGAUGCUAUUGAGUGGAUAAUUCAAAACUCUGAAAGUGUUAACUAACAGCUUUCACUUCUGCAAUUUGCAUUAAGCAGUGGGCUGCAAAGCAAUAGAGUGGGUAAUAAGACAAAUGAGACUGAAGAACUAGCACCGUCAGUGCAGGAAAGUAUGAAGUCACCAAUGGCUGUAGCAGCUGCUGAAGACUGACGAUUAGCCCAUGGUUGUACCACACUUCGCCCUCUAUUCAGGAAAUUCACUUAAUAACAUGAUCUGUGUUAUUUUGAGGUGGACAUCGUACUUUUUUUUGGGGGGGAAACAUUAUAAGCUACAAAAUUGACUUUGGAUGCAUCAAACAUCAUUCAAAUCAUUAAAAUAAACAGCCAGCAGGCAAGCCUGUGAAUGUGGAAUGCCAUGUUUGGGAUUAUUUAUAGAAAGUUGUGUUUUUGUAGUGUCUUUUGCUUGACAAACAUCCGAUCAACAGCAAUCUUCGAAAGGAUGUCUUUUGGUACAUGUGUUUUUUUAAAAUAAAGGGCCUUAUCCUUGAAAUGGAACCAGGGACCAUGGACAAGCAUAUGCACUUAAAGAACUGUGUUUGGCACUUGAUGCAUUGCAUUGGGUUAAUACUUGAAUGUGUAGUAGUUAGUGUUAAUACCUUACAGCUUUGAGUUAACAAAAUGUGUAUGUUUCAGAAUGAUGUUACAAUCUCAUAAGUAAAAUUUAUUUUAUUUUUGUCAUUAAGUUGAAAUUUGGUUGUGUGUCAUUUGUGGCAGAUCUUUGGAGCUUGGCCAGGUGGAAUUCAUAGGCAUUCUAUUAAUGUGGAGUAAUUUUGAUUGAAGUCAACUUAAGUAUAGUGUCUGAAUGAAAGUACUUUGACCAGUAAUUCAAUCACUUCAGCACAGGACUGUUGCUUUAAAAAUAUAACACUAUUUUGUGAAAGGCACACAUGUCAAAUUUUUAGUUCUGGAUUAAUUUCCUCUCAAAGCAGAAUUGUUGACAAUGGUUGGGUGAAAGGAUUGUCAUACCAAUCAGCUUUAAAUAUUCUCUAGGUUGACGUAUAGACUACUUUUGCAUACUUGUUUCUCAAAUAAUUUUAUUUUGUUCUAAUGCUUGUAUUUUCAAAG